AUGAAACUAGAAAACGAUUCCCAAACUUCAGAGUUUAUUCUUCUUGGAUUCUCACAAGAGCCAGAGUUGCAGCUUCUCAUAUUUGUGUUCUUCCUCUCCAUGUACUUACUCACCAUCCUCGGGAAUCUGCUCAUCAUCUUGGCCGUCUUCUCAGACCCCCACCUCCACACCCCCAUGUACUUCUUCCUCUCCAACCUGUCCUUCGUGGACAUUGGUUUUACUUCUACCACUGUUCCAAAGAUGCUGGUGAACAUCCAAAUGCAGAGUAGACUCAUAACCUAUGAUGACUGCAUCACCCAGAUGUACUUUUUCCUACUCUUUGGAGAGUUGGACAUCUUUCUCCUGACGGUGAUGGCCUACGACCGCUUUGUGGCCAUCUGCCACCCUCUACACUACACGGUCAUCAUGAACCCUCGGCUCUGUGGCCUGCUGGUUCUGGGGUCCUGGGCCCUGAGUAUCCUUCAUUCCUUACUGGAAAGCUUAAUGGUAUAUCAACUUUCCUUUUGUACAGAUGUGACGAUCCCCCACUUCUUCUGUGAACUUGAUCAGAUGGUCCAGCUCGCCUGUUCUGACACUUUUCUUACCAAUGUGGUGAUGUAUAUUUCGGUUGUCUUGGUAGGUGGUAUCUGCCUCACUGGGAUCCUUUACUCAUACUCUAAGAUUGUGUCCUGCAUAUGUGCCAUGUCAUCAGCUCAGGGGAAGUAUAAAGCAUUCUCUACCUGUGCCUCUCACCUCUCCGUGGUCUCCUUAUUUUAUUGCACCAGCAUUGGGGUGUACCUGAGCUCUGCGGCCACCCACAGCGCACAGUCAACUUCAACAGCCUCCGUGAUGUACACGGUGGUCACCCCCAUGCUGAACCCCUUCAUAUACAGCCUGAGGAACAAAGACAUCAAGACAGCUUUGAAAACAUUAUUUGUGAAGGAGGUACAAAAAUAA